UUAUGUGUGAGAAAAAGCAGCCCCGCUCGAGAGUGGGGCUGCUCUGUAACUACCGGUAUCCGCUGUAAACUCAACGAAGACUCUCUCAUCUACCACAGCAGAACCAGCAGCCAUUGUUGAAGCCUUACUUUACAUUUUCAUCUCUGUUGUCCAGAUAGCAGAUGCAACCUGGGCCUUAAACCGCCAUGGCAGGGAGCAAGAGAAAGGCGCCUGAUGACGCGGACCCCGGUACCCAGCAAAGCCUGACUCUCGACGAACCUGACCCAAGCAUCCGUCCAACCCCCGGUCGGCCCCGUCCUCCGUCCCCGGGGCGGGCCGCCGAUGGUUACUUCCGGCAGCUGUACGAAUCCGAACCCGACUUUAACCAGCUCGCAAAGCAAGACUCACGCUUUGCUGCCCCUCCAGAGCAAUGGGCAGCUCGACUUCACCGACCCAGCAGCCACCAUGCAACUGACAAAGACCUUGUUGGAAGUUGACUUUGGCCUGAAACUAAACUUGCCCGACGACAGAAUGUGCCCACCGGUAUGCCUCGCUGAUCCAAGCCGACGCAGGGACUUUAUUUUGUUA